GCUUAUCAUUAAAUGAUCUACAAGAGUACAAUAAUGCAAUUAAUUGCUUUGAUAAGGCAAUACAAAUUGAUCCUAAUUUUGCUAUUGCCUAUUAUAAUAAAGGUUUAUAUAAAAUAGAAUUUUAAUAGGUAAUUCAUUAAAUGGUCUACAUUAAUACAAUGAUGCAAUUAAUUGCUUUGAUUAGGCAAUACAAAUUGAUCCUAACUUUGGCACAGCCUAUCUUAAUAAAGGUUUGUAUAUAAUUUAAUUUUAAUAGGCUUAUAAUUACACUAUCUAUAAAAGCAUAAUGAAGCAAUUAAUUGCUUUGAUAAGGCUAUACAAAUUGAUCCUAAUGAUGCCAUUGCCUAUUAUAAUAAAGGCUUAUAUAAAAUUUAAUUUUAAUAGGCUUAUUAUUACACAAUCUAUAAUAAUACAAUGAUGCAAUU